GCAAUGACAGGAACACUCUGCUAGAUGGCUGUUUCUCUAGCCGCUCGUCGGCUACCGAUGGGAGUACGAACAUUCAGUGAUUUUAUAGAAAUUGUGACACUUGGCUCGACCCAUUCCACAUCUGUAACCUCAAGGGUACUACGGAAACAACCAAUCAGGUACCUAGCAUCAUGUGGCAUCCUUAUGACAAGACACCCCAGAUUGUGGUACCAUUUUGACAGAAACCCAGCACCCAUACCUUCAAGCCGAACCUUCAUCAGUCUGACCAAUAAAAGGAAACAGUACUCAGAACGCAGAAUUAUUGGCUUUUCCAUGCAGGAGAUGUACGAGGUGGUGUCCAAUGUGGAUGACUAUAAGCAUUUCGUCCCCUGGUGCAAGAAGUCCCAGACCAUUAUGAAGAGGGCCGGUCACGCUAAGGCCCAGCUUGAGGUGGGGUUCCCUCCUGUAGUGGAGAGAUACACAUCGAUGAUCACUAAUGUCCGGCCUCACCUGGUCAAGGCUAUAUGUUCAGAUGGCAAACUCUUCAACCACCUGGAGACUAUAUGGAGAUUCAGUCCGGGUAUUCCUGGGUAUCCCCGAACGUGCACAGUUGACUUCUCUAUCUCCUUCGAGUUCCGCUCCUUGCUUCACUCGCAGCUGGCUACCAUGUUCUUUGACGAAGUCGUCAAGCAGAUGGUGGCCGCCUUCGAGAACCGCUGUGGCAAGAUCUACGGCCCCGAGACCCGCAUCCCCCGAGAGCUCAUGUUCCACGAGGUGCACCAAACGUGAGCUCUGCACUGGGACCUACAGCAGAGUGUGUGUGUGUGUGUGUGUGUGUGUGUGUGUGGAUGCUUUGGGGUUGGAGGUUCUGUAAAUGGUUCUUGCCUAUCUGCAUCACGCCACCAGUCGGCUACAGCUGCGAACACUAGCGAAGUGACUGGAUCACGUUUUUCCUGCAAAGAGAUCCUGCAAGCUCGGUGCUGACUACCUGGUCUGACAAGGUCCAUCACCCUCCAGGGGUGCCAUUCUGUAGCUUACAUGCUCGCUUGUAAUUUAGCUGUUCUAUUUAUUGAAGCAGACACAAACUUUUGAGACACAUUGAAAGAGGUCUGAAUAUAUAUAUAUAUAUAAUACAGAGAACCUUUUUUUAGUCACACACACAUUUUGGGGUGUUUGCUGGGUUUCAGUUUUAGGCAUGCAUUGAACAAUGGACAUUUAUUGGACACUUUGUGUUCAAUGUGGGCUUUUAAAUUUUAACAUUAAACUUAAUGUCAUGGGUAAUGUGCCUAUUUUUACUUGGACUUGAAGGAAGUAGAGUGAAGAGGCUUAUAAAGACAAAAGUGCAAUAACUUCACCUAAGCUGAAUCACUCUCUUCUCCACACAUAUUGGUCUGAUAUAGUUAAUUUGUGAGGAUUUUGUUCUACCUUGUGGCCCAAUUCUUUAUUGCACAAUUCAGUGUAAGCUGUGAGGAACUUAUCCCUUAAAGGAUUCACAAGCAUUGAGUAUGGAUCCAGAACAGAUUAAGUAUACAAUUAAAAAGAACAUUUCACACAUAUUAUACUGUUUUUCAUCUACACUGGGUGCUUUUUAUUGUUUUAAUUUAGAUAAUCAUAAUAUAUUAUUUAACAGAAAUAUAACACUUUGUAAAAGUUGAAAGAUUCUGUAUUUUUAUUCAACUUGAAAAAAAGUCUCAACACGUCGUACAAGACUGUGUUCAGCCUGCUUGUGUAAAAGGUCACAUACUUCUCUCCACAUAGUCAAGUUACAGACAGAGCAGUAGUGUGAAAAUGUGUGAUUUUGGUUGCUUUUAUUCUGCAUGGCCAGAGUGUUAAAACAGUUUGAGAGAAUUUUAAAACCUGCUUCUAUUUUUGCCAGUUUGCUGCAGAAAGGCCGUGUGUGAGUGUGCGUGAGUGUUUGUGCGUGCAUGUGUGUGUGAGAGAAAGAGAGAAAUUCUAUAUUUUAUCUUAAGUCACUGUUCUUUGUGUGUCUUCCUGUGGUACUCUAAAAGAAAUGGUGUUAUAUGUAUCCUUCCUGUAUGAGUCUUAGAUGUUUUGUCUUUUGGGGUUGAAAAGGUAACUCAUUAUCUGAUCUAUUAUCAGGUUUGAGUAAUGUGACGUGACAGGUGCCAUGAAUGGUGAUGAUGCGCUGCUAAUAAAGAUGAUUGUGUUUCAUGAA